UAUGUUUAUUCUUCUUGUCAAAUUUUUGAAUUAGAAAUAUUCUUCCAUUUCUAUACUCUUCGUCAAUAACUUAUUAUAGAAAUAGAAUAUCAAUCACAUCAUGGUCAAAGUAACUGUUGCCGGAGCUGCUGGAGGUAUCGGACAGCCAUUGUCCUUGCUCUUGAAAUUAAACCCACUUGUCACUGAGUUAGCCCUUUAUGAUAUUGUCAACGCUCAUGGUGUUGCAGCUGACUUAUCACAUAUUAACACCCCUGCUGUUGUGACUGGACACCAGCCAUCUGGUAAGGAAGACAACUCUGCUAUUACUGCAGCCUUGAAAAACACCGAUUUGGUUGUCAUACCAGCUGGUGUUCCAAGAAAGCCAGGUAUGACUAGAGCCGAUUUAUUCAAUAUCAAUGCUUCUAUUGUCAGAGAUUUGGUUGCAAACAUUGCAAGAACAGCCCCAAAUGCUGCGAUUUUGAUUAUUUCCAACCCAGUCAACUCAACCGUUCCUAUUGCUGCUGAAGUAUUAAAGAAGUUGGGUGUAUUCAACCCACGUAAAUUGUUUGGUGUUACUACUUUAGAUGUUGUCAGAGCAGAAACCUUCUUGGGUGGAUUAUUAGACGUUGAUCCAAGCAAGCUUAGAGGUAAGAUUUCUGUUGUUGGUGGACACUCGGGUGAUACCAUUGUUCCUUUGAUCAAUUAUGAUUCGGAAAUUUCCAAUAAAGCCAAAUCUCGUUUGAGCACUUCCGACUAUGAAAAGUUUGUUAACCGGGUUCAAUUUGGAGGUGAUGAAGUUGUCAAGGCCAAGAACGGUGCUGGUUCAGCAACUUUGUCAAUGGCUCUUGCCGGAUACAGAUUUGCCGAAAAUAUCUUGGAAUCAUUAAAUGGAAGAAACCAACCUGUGUUGAUUCCUGAUUCAGCCUACAUUUACUUGCCAGGAAUUCCUUAUGGUAAGAUCUUUUCUGAUAAGCAUUUGAAUGGAGUUGAGUUCUUUUCCGUGCCUGUACGUUUACAAAAUGGCCGUAUUGAAAGCUUUAUUGAUCCAUUUGAAGGUUUAGUUAAAACUGAUGAAGAACAGAAAUUAAUUGAAGUUGCUUUAAAGGGAUUAACUGGUUCAAUUAAACAAGGUACCGAAUUUGUUAAAGGAUCUAAGUUAUAAUCACUUUUUGAUGUAAAGAACUUUGAUGUAUAGUGUAAUUUAUUUAUUUAACCAUAUUCCGAUAUAGCCAUAUUGCUAUUAUAGAUAGAAUUUGC